CCGGCAUCAUGUGAGCCACGGAUGGCCCUGGUGGUAGGGACAAGCCACGAAGAGAACUGAUGCACCCGACGAAACCAGCUGGCGUGACGCCGAGGUCGGCACCGCCGGGCGCCGGAGAGUGGCGGCCGUCCGGCGUCGUCAGGCUGCUGCAGGCACCGGCGGUGGUGGCGCUGGCCGCGGUGCUCGCCGUGGCGUCGCCGGCGCAAGCUCGGCCAGCUGGUGCACCCCCUCCGACCCCUCCGACCCAGCAGAAGGCGGCGGAGACAACGCCCGAGGACACCAUGUGCAACGUACCGCGGACGCUGUCCGGGGAGGAUGGCAAGGCGGCGGAGCGGAUCAAGCACCCGAGGUCGCGCGAGGCGGCGCGGUGCACCUCCAAGUGCGUCAGCACCUGCGUCCUCGGCGGCGCCGGCGCACCCGGCGUCGGCGGCCCCUUCAACGUCAGAAGACCCCUCGUGGUGUUCAAGGAAGGUUUCCGCAGUCGACAGUACUGCUUGGUGGAGUGCUCCGACGUCUGCAACCUAAUCAAGGACGGAGAAGACGGGCAAUGAAUAUGAUCCAUGACAUCUUCACCAGGCAUGUAUUAGUAGCUCAAAAAAAGAUCAAGACAUCCAACUAUUCCUCGUCCCCACCACACGCCACCUUACCAUAUACUCCAUGAUCGCUAGGAUAUGAAUCGCAGUAACUCUUGCGGGAAUAGUGGUGUUGCACGUUUUCUACACUGCAAUGUUGGGAAUAGCAAUGUGCAAUUUCAGGUGUCUCCGAGGCUUAGAGAAAUAGUGAAAUUUUGGACGCAUCGCUGGGUGUCUAAGGUCUUGGAUCCUGGGUGCCGGUUACCCAGGUGGUUGAAAUUUUAGCAUUUUAACUGUGUUAUAUUCUUUUCUGAUUGUGGAUGUUGAUCAUAUAUGUUUCGAAAUGUGUACGGCCCCGUAAGAAAAAUGUGUGCGCGUUGGUUUUAUAUUGUAUAACAUACUAAUAAGAUAAUACAAGGUCUACUUUGUGAGCAA